AUGAAAUUAGUGUACCCUUGGUUGAUCCACGUCACCGGGUGGAUCCUCAGAAACCCAAAACUUUUCAUUCUAGUUCCCAUUCUAUGCAUCUAUAUUGUGUCUUAUGGAGUGGUCCAUGAUCUCACGGUGAGGCCGGUGAACAGGGUGCUUACGUUGGGAGCCGAUACGGGGCCGUUGCUUGAUUUUGGAGGCACGGAGGAGGUCAGCCUGGCGGUUCAGACGGGGAACUGGCUGCUUUCUCGGAUACUGCUUGUGAGCUCGGGAAGCGUGGUGGAAUAUGGCGCUUUGGAGCAGAUCCACGCUUUGGAAACGUCAAUUCGGGCUCAGGAAUCAGCGUAUGUGCUUUCUCCAUUGGGCACUUGGCCAGAGGAGCGGUGGCUGGCCCAGCAGAUCGAGGCGUCGGCUCUACGAGCGCUCAACCAUCGGUUCAAGCCGGAAUUGGCCAACAUGUUCUUCGAUAAGCUCCUGAAAACUAACCAUUUGGUCACUGCAGCACGCCAGAUUAAUCUUUACGUUAUACAUAACCUGCUGCUUCCAUCUUUGCAUGUCCUGGAACCGCUACAAGUACUGUUCGUGGGCACCUCCGAGGCUCCACACGCUGUGAAGGAGUUUUUGAGGUACUUCCGCUACUUGAAGGAGGAAUCUUGUCCGCUUAAGUUCUUUAAUAAAGCUGCUAGUUUUACUCAAGUGGCUAUUUGCAUCACUUUCGUCUUCAGAGUCUACUUUAGCAUCUGCAAUCAGCAUAAGAUACGGUCAAACUUUGGCCUUAUAUGUGGCUGGCUCACAGAAGUCACAUUGGCUGCUGCAGCCUCCGUCAGCAUACUAUGUACAUAUAAGGGCUACCAGGAAUGGCUGUCGAUGUUUGGACCUGUCAGUUCUUACGGCAUUGGUACCUAUAUCCUAGCGGUUAUGCUUUUCAGCUCAAGAACCCUCUUCCGUACCAUCAACGACUUGGCUGGCGAUAAUACCAUGGACGGCCAUGAAACCCUUCACAAGCGCCUUAUACGUUUCUACCUCGGCAUCAACAACAGCGCAAGCAACUCCACAGACUUAAUCUUUAAGCUCACACGCUAUGUUCGGAAGUGGUGCUUUGUGGAUAAGUUUUCAUCCAACAUUGCUCCUAUUCCUAAUACGUUUGUCGUGCUUUGCCUCAACUUAUUGGGCCUCUUGUCCGUGUUCGGCUUGAUCUUUGCUGUCUUGUACAUAUUCUUCAGAGGACUAGUUUGGCACAUUUUGGUGAACAAGUAUUUCAUGAUUCUUCAAGCGAUUGCUCUUGCAUUGGCCAUUGACCAUUUCCUCCAACAAACCUUCUUGGUGGGCAUUAUUCUAAUUGAUCUUAACCGUGUUGAGUUCACUGACUUGCUUAACAAAACACUGAACCCAUACGAGUCAGACCUUGACCAGUUGAACGAUUCCAUGGGCGAGAUUGACCCUAUUUCUUCUUUCCUUUUGGGUCUCAGAGGACCAUUGACUCGUCCUAAACCAUCCUCGCUCAGACAUAUUGUGGGUACGCAUCUUUUGAAGCUUUCGCCAGUUUCGUCCAGAGUAUUCUGGCUAGGCGACGUCUUGAGUUUCUUCUGUUGGAACUUUUUUUGCCAGAUCUUCAUGACCCUUUUUGUUCUUCCAUACCAAUUGCUCACAGAUAAAAAGGCAGUGAUGAUAUUUGGGCGCCAGGCUUCGGGUCAACACUCAUACAACACCCUCUUCUUCUUGGAAGUUGCUGCCACCAUUCUUUUCAUCAUUGCAGUUUCAGAGUUGACGUUUACUCUUACUUACUCCCAAAGACAACGAAAAGAAGUUGAUCCUACUGCUACAUUGGAAGCUUCGUCGCAGUUGGGGUACGGAGAACUCGCAAAGAACGAGCAAGCCAAGUAUUUCGAGAGCAUUACACUUGACAAUGGCCAUAAUAUCGAUGUCAUUAAGAUUGCCACCAACUCCAAGUCCUCCUUUUUGGUUUCGGCUGAUUUGGAUAGGAAAGUCUUGGUAUGGUCGCCAUUGGGCGUUGUUGAAAAGAAAACGCCUAUGAGCAUUUCCACCACGAUCGAUACAAUUCGUGGAUCUAUCCAUCCAGAGUUCUGGCCAUUGAGCAUGGUGGAGAUUUCUGAUGAAGGCAAUUAUAUUGUUCUUGUUAACAACCGUCAUUCUGCUGUCAAGUGUUUCGACCGUGGGUCUUUAUCCUUCAUCUGGGAAGUCAACCUAGCAGCCGAGCUUGGCCUUACAUCUAAGGAAUUAAAGCCCAUGCUUGCAUUCUUCCGUAAAAAGACCAUUGCCGGUUUCUUGGCCAGAAAGCUUCUCAUGAAAAAGCGUAAUGGGCCCGACGGCAGAAGAUCGAGUGUCAGCUCCACCGCCUCGUCAUCUACAAUUACAGGAAAUUUCCCGCCACCACCAGCACCAUUGCGUGAGGAUGACAUGGCAGUAGAAGACAAGGUAAGGGACUACGAGCAGUCACUUAACAGAGACGAAUUCGUGAUGGUCUUUGAGAGCGGCCAUAUGGUUACAAUCAACUGUACUGACCGCAAGAUCAAGCACUAUUACAUGUUUGAAGACGUAUAUGGCAAAGGAUUAGUCUCCGAGAACCUCAGAGUCACCACAGCAAAGCAGUUGACCACAUCGAGAGUCAGCGACAGAAUCGUCUGUGACUUGGUUAAUGGAGAUAUAAUCAUUGCAUCUGCCGUCAGCAAUAUCUGGAAGUUUUCAAAGUUAAAGACCAGCAAGAACAAGUUCAAUAGUGGAGGAGCCAAUACUGUGAUUAAGGCUCCAGGAAUGCCAAUGUCUAGAACAACCAGUUCAAUGGAUACCGAGUUUCUGUCUAUAUUCAAGCAGAACUUCACGUCGUCGCCAAACCCCUACCCGACCGAACUCCCCACGCCGAAGAGAAGGUUUGCAGCCAUUAACCAUUGCACUAUUUUCACCAUUGAUUUCGUGGGUAUGGUUGUCAGAGUCAGAGACUUGAAGGCAGAGCUUUUGGAUAUUCAAACAGGGAUCAUCAUCAAGACGUUCUUUAUUGGCCACUUCAAGCCUGGAUCGUUCAGAGUGAUCCAUUCAGAACCUACCCAUUGUAAGUUCUGUGGCUGUGCGUCCGUUGAAACCAUGUCGUUGGUAUACGAAGACUUUUACGACCCGACACUUAUUGUACACACGUUCUUAUUGGAAAACAAAAAGUCCAGAAACAAUAUCUGUCUUCGUGUGGAAAGAGACCCCAGAGAAAUCCGUUGUCUUGGUUUUGACGCUGUGGUUGAAAAACAAUACUGGUACCAUGAUAUUGAAAAAUGGGAAGUCACAGAUAUGAACGUUGUGAUGGGAAUCAGAAGAGCGGACGCCAAAAACUCGGACGAAAUGGAAACCAGAGAAGAGAUUGUGGGACAAAGAGAAGAAGAAUUUGCCCAGUUACGUAAAAGGCGAAGCCGAGUACCCGCCAAAGCGGAAAAGCCUACGAUCAACGACGUCUGGCAAGGGUUCGUGGUGACAGUACUGAAUGGACAGUUCCUCGAGUACAAGAUCCCCUUCGGAGAGGAAGAAGACGAGACCGAGUUUGCAUGUGUCAGGCCCAACGUUAUUGCCAAGUACGGCUACAAAGCCGUGGCGCUUGCAUUUGGACGCAAAAUCAAGAUUCUCUACCUAGGCGGAGGGAAGUUGAUUGAAAGUGAUUUAUACUACAAAGGUACCACCAGCUCGCUUAAGCCAAUUUUGCAACCAGCACCUGAUGGAGCGGUGAACCGCAACGAGCUCUUGUUUAUCAACAAAAGACGGAGAAUGUUGGAGAGAAGAAAAAACAAGGAGGUGCCAGUCUAA